UCAUUCCCUUCGGAAAGAUUCAGAAAGGAAAGGACUACCCGACCAACCACGUAAACGUGGAGAGCACCUCCCUUAGCCUAUGCCAGACUGCAGGCCUGGCGAGAGCUCAGACAUUAAUUCCUAGCAGCGCAAAGGAUUAUAUCAAUUGAAACCCGGAAGAGCGAUAAAAGCGUAAGCUUCCGGAACUGUUCCUAAAGAUCAAACUUUUCCUUUUGGACUGCGUUAUAGCCAAUGAAGAGAUGCAGCGAAGAAUAUGAAUAUUCAACACUAAUACAGUGAAGCAGAUGGGAACAGGUUCAUCAGAAAGUGGAAGAAGAUUGCAAUUAGUCACAGCGUCAGUCAGAAGCAUGAAGCAUUCAAAAUUGCACCAAGAACAGUGCCAUCAGCCUCAUCAGAUCCAGCGAACGAGAGGUUGUGAAUAUAAAGUAGUUAGUGGAAAUCGUGUUAGACAACUGAUUAAAUCAAAUUAGCCAUGGUGCUUUGAUAAGACCCUUAUGUACCUUUUUCGUUUCCUGUCUGAAGCGACACGAAAACCAUACUGCAACCGUGGAGAAGUGAAGAAACACAAAUGAUUAGUGUGAAACCAAGGACCAACUAAAGUAAACAUACGAGCAAGCAAGUAAAAGACAAAAUUAACCCCUAGCAGAAUACAGACAAAUAUGAACACAAAACCACCUCUCCAAGUUCCUAACUUUAUCGGUAGUAGCACCUCAUCAAGACCGCAAAGUCCUUCAUUGUGUUUUUCCACCACCUCGUCAAAGGCGGAAAAGAAUGAACCGGUAACAUUGUGUGGAUGUCGUCGAGCACCAAAGUCGCAAUGUUUCUCUGCUAUAGGUGUACUAAUACUGGUCCUUGCAUAUACAGCAGUGGGCUCGGUGCUGUUCGUGACAUUGGAAGGCGACGGCGACGAAAGCGAUAUGAUCGAAAGCUCGGUGGCAGCAUCCAAACCAUAUCCUAGACACGAUGUAGUUAGUACAGAACUAAGAUUAAAAACUGUAGAUCGGCUGUGGUCUAUUACGGAAGACCUAAACAUAUUAUACAAGGAAAAUUGGACAAGACUGGCGGCCCAGGAAGUGCAGCAUUUUCAGGACACCAUCUUGAGAGCGGUACGAGCAUCCAAAUCUCAGCAAGUGACGAAUGUUCAGAGUAAUGCAAAACCCUACAAAUGGACGUAUGCUUCAGCAUUUCUCUAUUCACUGACGCUGAUCACCACUAUCGGUUACGGUGGCAUUUCUCCGCGAACGCAAUGGGGUAGAAUAGCAGCGCUAAUUUAUGCUUUGUUUGGUAUUCCGAUUAUCCUGUUGUACCUCUCGGCAAUGGGUGAAGGUCUAUCGGGAGCCAUGCGGUGCCUAUUUCGCCGUAUUCGACCAUCGUCGCAUUCGUCAUCCAACAGCGCAAGCACUAGUUCAAGUCUAAGUGGCAACUCGGCAAUAAACAGUAAAUCUUCUAGCUCGGAGCUGCAGAAACGGUCACAACAACAAAGCACCAACUACCAUCAGACUUGGACUGGAAUUCACGAUCCGCAUGGAUACGGUGGAGUUGGAGGAUUAAGUAGUAGUAACAUGGGAGGCAAUGGGGGAGGUCACACGGGGAGCAGCAGUAGCAAACAUAAUCAAUCAGUCGUACCAAUAUCAAUCUGUAUUAUGAUACUGAUUUGUUACGUCACAUUGGGCGCCGUUCUGUUUCAUAAAAUACAGCCCUGGGGAGUGCUGGAGAGUUUAUACUUUUGCUUCACCUCUCUCGGGACAAUCGGCUUUGGAGAUCUAAUGCCAAUCGGGAACAUUGCUCAGUAUGCUGCCUCAGCAUACAUAGUAGUGGGAAUGGCCGUAGUAGCUAUGUGCUUCAGCCUCAUACAAACAGAGCUAAUAGUAUGGCUGAAAAAAUUCGCCACUCCAGAAUCAAUUCCCUCAUCGACGGAGGACGUAGCGCUGGUGUCAGUAGCAAUGACUCCAAUAAAAUCCUGACAAAGGCCUAGUGAUAUCCUUCCUAAUGAGUACAACUCAUUGCCACGUCGAUCGAGUGCAUUUCAGCGAAACACACCAGUCAGACGUUCGACAGGGAUAAUGGAAAACCAUGUAGAAUAUUUCGUACCAAGGAGUGUGAGUGAAUUCAAUUUAUCCGGCGUGGGCGAUCUGGCUUUGCCACCAACCAAGCGUAGCAUGGUAACUCAUGCCGGCAGCUCUACAAUGAUUUCGAUACCGAAG